CACUCAAAUAUUUUGUUAAGAAAAUAAUAGCGAAAAAUACCCAAAAAUAAAACAUAAUUUUAAAAAAAAAAAAUCACAAAAACCAUAUCUUGCCACUUUUCAGGUUCUUACAUUUGGUUAUUAAAAGAAAAAAAAGAAAGAAAAAGGGGGGAAAUCCACCUAAGCCCUAGGUUAGGUCUCUGAAAAAAAUUCAAUCUCCCGCUUUCAAUUUAUUCAUGACCCCAAACCCACUCUCCCGCCAAUUUUUCCCCAAAUCUCACAUUUAUUUUUUCUUAAUUUUAACAUUUCUCAAUUCUUCUUUACUUCAAUUUCCAAAUCCUUCAAACCUUCUUUCAGUCACUCCUCUCUUCUUUUUUUCUCAAUAUAAUCGUUAAUUACCAUCUUUAAAUUCCAGUAUCUCUCUAUUUAACUUAUCAGAGUUUUUAUUACAUACUUCCCCUUUGCUUGUUAGGGUUUUUAGAUGAAGUUAGUGGUUUCUAGGGUUUUAAUUUGAUUUUUUCUUAAAAAAAAAUUAAAAAAUACAAUGAGUGCUGUUAAUAUCACCAAUGUUACUGUAUUGGACAAUCCGGCGCCGUUUUUAUCCCCUUUUCAGUUCGAGAUCUCUUAUGAGUGCUUGACUCCUCUUAAAGAUGAUUUGGAAUGGAAACUUAUUUAUGUAGGGUCUGCUGAAGAUGAGACGUAUGAUCAACUUUUGGAAAGUGUACUUGUUGGGCCUGUUAAUGUUGGAAACUAUCGUUUUGUUUUGCAGGCAGACCCCCCAGAUCCUUCAAAGAUUCGAGAUGAAGAUAUUACUGGCGUGACGGUGCUUCUGCUGACCUGUUCUUAUCUGGGUCAAGAGUUUGUUAGAGUUGGCUACUAUGUGAACAAUGAUUAUGAAGAUGAGCAGCUAAGGGAGGAACCUCCACCUCAAGUAUUAAUUGAUAAGAUCCAAAGAAACAUUUUGUCUGAUAAACCAAGGGUCACUAAGUUCCCCAUCAAUUUCUAUCCUGAGAAUGCUGAAGGUGCCGAGGAACCGACUCCUCAAGAUCAACCUCCUGAAACUGAUGAAAAUGAAGAUCAGUUGCCUCCUUCUCCUGAACAUUCUACUGACAAAGAGGGAUCCUAAAAUGUUAUGAUCAUAAUCUACUGUUGGCCUCCUAAGAGUCCCAUUGAAGUUCAUGUGAAGAUAUUCACUUUAGGUGGUGCCUUUGCCUGAUGGAGAGCUACUUUUUCAACUUUUGUGUUUUCAGGAAGUAAUGGCGGAUACCCUAUGUUCAACUGGCUAUUUUUUUGUCUUUAAACUGCUUUCUUACUUUGACACCUUUGUAUCCUAAUUGGAUUGCUCAAGUUUGUGAUCAUAUGAAAGAUGCAUUUUAGGUGCAUUGUCUUGUUAUUGCA